AUGACGACUUUCGAAAGGAUAGGAAUUCAAGGGAUACGGAGCUACUGUGAUGAUGUGGUGGAAGAGCUGGAGUUCUCUUCUCCUAUCACAAUAAUAUAUGGAAAUAAUGGGAGUGGAAAGUCAACAAUUAUUGAAUGUUUGAAGGUGAGUUGUACAGGUGAUUUUCCACCUAAUGCAGAAAAAGGAAAAUCAUUUGUUCAUGACCCAUUAAUAUCAAAUAAAAUGAAUAUAAGAGGGAAAAUAGACUUACUUCUUAACAAUUAUAAUAAUAAAAGGAUAGGUAUAUCUAGAUGUUUUAAUUUAUUUUAUUCAAAAGAUAAAAAUAAGAAAGUGAAACAUACCUUUCGAGCAUUAGAUAAUAAUAUUAUUCUUAAAAAAGAAAAAGGAGAAGAUAUUAUUAUUACUAAUAAAUGUGUAGAUAUAAAUAGUCAUAUACCUAAAUUGAUGGGAGUAUCUAAAGCUCUUUUAGAAAACGUAAUUUUAUGUCAUCAUGAAGAAAGUCUAUGGCCUUUUAGUGAAUCUAUUAAAAUAAAAAAGAAAUUUGAUGAACUAUUUGGUGAUGAUCAUUUUUCUAAAAUAUUAGAAGAAUUAAUAAAAUGUAAAAAGGCUGCUAAUGAUAUUUUAAAAAAGAAAGAAUAUGAAUUGAUAAUGUUAAAAGACUGUUAUGAGAAAAAAAAAAAUAUGAAUGUUGAAAUUGAAAAAAAUGAAAAAGAAAUUCAAAAUGCAAAAAUGAGUAUACAAUUAGACCAAGAAAAAAUAAAUGAAAAUACUACCAUAGUAGAAAAUUUAAAUAAAAAACGUACCAUUUUAUAUAAACUAAUUUCAGAUAUAAAUACUCAUUUUGUUUUAUUUGAACAAUUUAAAUACGAUAUUGAUCAGUAUAAAAAUUUAAAAGAAAUUUAUCAAGAAAAUUCAAAGGAACUACUUCAAUUCGCUGAACUUUUUAAAGACGACUUAACAAAAUGUCAACACUUGAUUGAAAAUGUUAAACGGGAUAUACUAUACCUAGAAAAACAAAAAAGUGAACGUUGUACACAGUCUUUUGACACUUUUAACGUAAAAGAGAGCGAUGAAAUUAGUCAUGCUAUUCAUGUUUUAGAAAAGCGGGAAAAAGACCUGCUCGAAUUUCUGGAGAGUAUUCUACAAACAGACUAUACUGCUCUGAGCAGCUUGGUGAGCAUCACGAUGAACGACUCGAUCAAUAGGCUGAUGAGUAGCACGAUGAACGACUCGAUGAAUGGGAAGACGAACACACUGUCUAACAAUUUGAAGAAUGUAAGUAUGAGGAAAAUCUUUUGUCAAGAGUACAAGCAACUUCUCUUUUUGGUAAUGACAAACGAGCCUGUCUUCUUCAAAACGGCAGAAGCAUUUGAAAAAUGGUCCAACAUAUUUUCAAAAAAGAGCCCAAAUUUUAAAUUCAUUGUGAGGGAUUGCAUAAGAGGAAUUGUUAUAACAGGUGAAAGAUAUCAAAUUGUACAUCGAAAGAAUAACCUUGAUGAAAACGUAAUCCAUGGAGUUACAUCAAUGGAAGAGGAAUUAGGGGAUAACAGUAUUAGUAGCAUGACGUUAACACAAAACACACGUGCCAGCACCCCUCCAGAACAAAAUGCUGUACGGAAAAAUAUGAUAUUUCAGUUAGGAAAAAUCAAAAAGAUUCACACCAAGAAGUUGAAGAUAAUUAGACGAUUUAUAAAUCAGCACAGGACACGUCGUCAUAAAAAUUUAAAAAGGAACAAAACUCUACUGGAAAAAGUAAAAAUGUAUAAAAAUAAAAUUGAAAAAAUUGAUAAAAAAGUAGAAAGGAUAGAAAAGUAUAAAAAUAAAUUAAGUGGAUUUAAAUUGAAGGAUGAAAUAUAUGAAGAGAGUUUGAAAAAAUUAGAAAACUUGAAUCAACUGAAAUGUGUGUUUGAUUCUUCCAUCAUCUUAAGUGAGAUGGACAUGUUUACUUCUGACACUAAUAAGAUGUACAACUAUGAUGAUUAUAUAGAGAAAAAAAAAAAAGAAUUGAACAAAAUAAAAAAUUUUAAAAACGAAUUAAACAAAAUGAUGAAUAUUGUAACUAACUGUAACUUAACAUAUGAACAUUUUGAUAUCGUUCAGAAGACACAUACGAAUAUACUAAAUUUUAUAAAAGAACAAUAUGCUUUUUUUUUAAAACUGAAAACAAAAUGUUAUAAAAUCUAUACCACUAUGAAAGAUAGCCACAGUGAUGUCUUUAUAUAUAUACAAAAUUUCUUGAAUUAUUAUAAUGACUAUGUACAAGUGCAUUUCGAAACGAAGCAUCAAAGUGAAGAAUCGAGUAGCUGUUCUACUGUAGAGGCAUGGGAUGAUACUUCCGACAUUUUGGUGAGUAGACAUAACUACAGUGAGUGUCAAUUUGAAUCAUCUGGUAUGGAAAAAACAAAUCAUAUAAAAAAUACGAAACUGAAUAAGGUGAUCUCGCUCGGUAUACCCAAAAUACAGACGAAUCAACAACAGUGUCUAGAUAAUUUAGAAAUAGACGAGGAAGUGAAAGAGCAAAUGAAAAAAAGAAAUAAUGCCUUUAUGAACGAGUUAGAUUCCAAAAUAAAAAAAAAAAGGAAGAAAACUUUUGAUUUCUCCUUCCAGAUUGAUGAACAUAUGUUACAUCUACUGAACAGUAUUAUGAACAAAUAUUUGGACAAAUAUGAACUAAAAAUAGUUGAUAUAGAAAGAGAAGUACAAUUACUGAAAGAAAGAUUAAUAUUGAUAUCAAAAGAGUUACAUGAUAUAAAUAAGAUGGUAAAAUCAUAUGCUGAUAUUCUAUCGGAGUUUCAUAUAAUGCUUGAGGAGAAGCAAGUAAGAAGUGUGAAUACCAUGGUUACCUGUUUUCUUUGUAACAAAAAAGAUAUAAAGAAGAUUAAGCAGAGCAUAUCUACCUUACGACAUAGGGACGAAACUUUAAAUAAUUUUUUUGGAAUGGUCGAAAGUACUAAACAGUGUAAUAUGUGCACUAGUACAAUAUUAGAUGAGCAACUAACCAAUGUUAAGCUAAAUGUAUGUAGAGAAAAGGAAGAAAUAUACAAACAGAUAGAAGAGAGUGAAAAGGAGCUAACCAAUUUAAAGAGGAAAAAAAGGGAAAUUUUGCCAGUUGUAAGAUUCUAUCAUAGUCACAUAGAACAUAUCCAUCGGGAAAUUAUUUCACAAAAUGAUGAUUUAAAAUCGGUGCAAAAACACAUGACAGAUAUACAAAGUAAAUUGGAUAGAUGUGCACUUAAAAUAUAUAAGAUUAAUGAGAAGCAUACAUUAAUAAAGGAGUUACAAAAAACUUGUGUUCAUUUAAUAAGUAGAGAAAAAGACAUCAUUUAUGAAAGGGAUCAGCUUAUUUCGUGCCAUGUCCACAUGGUAGAAGUGUUUAGCUCCUUUCAAAAAAUGCAGAACGCCGAGGAUAAGUGGAGUGAAGCCAUAUAUCCUUUGUUGGAUUCGAUGGAAAAGGAAGAAGUGGGAGAAGCGCGAGGACUGAACGAAGAGAGAGAAGUGAAAGAAACAAAGACGACAGUCCUGAAAGAACUGAAGGGGUUCCUGAACAACUUCAUCGAGCUAUGCAACCACAAGAAGAGUAUGGUAUGUAUUCUGGAGAGAAGCAAUGAGUAUAUUAAUGAUAUCUAUGUUCUCCUCGGAAAGCAUGUUGCAGAUGACAAUACUGGAAUCGCUGAAAUAACUGGAAGCAACAUUGGUAGUAGUAGUUGUAGCAGUAGUAGUGGUAGGUGUUACGACUAUUUAAAAGGUAGAGCUAUAACUAACCAUGAAAAUAUGUUGAGAGAGGGAAAAAACACAUUAGAGAUAAGAACAAUGAAUACGGAGAAAACAGAAGUAGGGAAAGAAACUAUUAAGUCAAAUGAGGGGGUUAAUGUGAUGACGAGUUUGAAAUUAGUAAAACAUGAGUCAUAUGUUGAUAAUAUUAAGAAGGAAGGAAUAAACAUGAUUGCUGGAGAGAGUAAUACAAACGACAUAAGGAUCACCAUGAAUAACUGUAUGACAGAGUGUAAAAAAGGGGAAGAAAAAAUUAAACAGACACAGCACCUUAUUCAAUCGUAUCUUGUAAAAGGGGAGAUACAAAAUGAAGGGGAAAAUGAAGAGAAAAAUGAAGAGAAAAAUGAAGAGAAAAAUGAAGAGAAAAAUGAAGAGAAAAAUGAAAUGUAUGAAGAAGAAGAAAAAAAAAAUAAGCAAAAAAAAAGGGAAGAGAAUUGUGGAUUUUCCCCUGACACGCAUACUUGUGUACACUACUUAGAACGAACUAUUAACAACAAUAAAUGUUUUGGAAAACCGCACGACAAACUAUACGAAAAGCUGUACGACAAAUUGAUGCUAUUCUUAAAUACAGAAGAAGCAAAAAAAGAACAGCAAUUAGACGUGCUGCACAAAAUGAAGUGUUUUUCAAACGAUAGAAAGGAAUAUAUCAAGAAAAAGAUGCACGAAUUGGAAAGCUGCAUAAGGACAGAGAGAAAAAAAAGGCAAGUAUUAAACAAAAUGGAGAGUUACAUUUCUUAUUAUUUAAAAAAAAAGACAUGUGUACAGAAUUUAAUCAACUCUACAUUUUUACUUAUUAAAAAAUGUGAUGGUAAAAAUAAAUAUAUUAAACGGUGCAUAAGAAGUAGUAAGAAUAGCAUAUUUUUUGAAAACCAAAAUUAUUAUGUUAAGAUGAACAUAAUGAAAGAGCUAGCUGAGAAUGUCUUACUAACAGAAACUGAAAAAGAACAAGAGGAAAAAAAAUUAAAAAAAGUUAAGGAACAAUUAUAUACUAAUGAAAUAAUUAAAAGUGAGUCAAAUGAACUAGCAAAAAAAAUCAAUGAGAAAAAAGAACAAAUUUUACGUCUAGAAGCAGAAAAACUUAAUAUGGAAAAAAUGCUUCAUAAUAUUCUUAUUAACACAAACUUGAAAAAAAUGCACGAAAGUUUUUUGAGUCAUCAGAAAAGCUUUAUCUCUUCACUAAAUGAGCUGAAGAACUCCUUUUGGUAUGUGCAAGAGGGGGUGCAAAAGGAGGGGGAAAAGGAAGAAGAACUUACUGAAGUGCAUUCUAUAGUAAACAUGUUAAAGCAAAAGUUCGAAAUGAAUAGAGAUAUAUAUACAUUUAUAAAUGAAACAUUUGAAUUUUUAAUCCAUAAAAACAAAUUAUUCGAAAUAAUAAAUAGAGAAAAAGAAAAGAUAAAAGAGAAGAUAGAAACAUAUAACAAAUAUAUCACCAGCUUACAAGUUAAAGAAGCAGAAAUGAAUGGAAAAAUUUGUUUACGUGAAGAGUACAUACAGAAGUUAAAAAGUGAUAUAAAAUCUAAAUUAUUUAUGAACAUAGAAAAGGAAUAUAAAAAAAAAAUUAUAGAAAUAUUUGUAUAUAAGAAUGUAAUAAAAGAUAUUUGUAAUUUCCAUAAUUCCUUUGAUCAAGCAAUAAUUAAAUUUCACUCUUUAAAAAUGCAAGAAAUUAAUAUAUCAAUAAAAAAUUUAUGGAGAAGGGUAUAUAAUAGUGCUGAUAUCGAUUAUAUAUAUAUAAAGUCAGAUGUGCAAACAGAAAAUAAUGGAAAAAUUAAUCAACGACGAUCUUAUAAUUACCGAGUUGUUAUGGUAAAAGAUAAUUGUGAACUCGAUAUGAAAGGAAGAUGUUCAUCAGGACAGAAAGUGCUCUCCUCUAUUAUAAUUAGACUAGCCCUAGCUGAAUCUUUUUCUAUUAAAUGUGGCAUACUAGCCCUUGAUGAGCCAACAACAAAUCUUGAUAAAUCAAAUUCAAAAAAUUUGGCUAGCUUAAUUGCUAAUAUUGUUGAUUUGAGGAAAGACAGUUCUACAUUCCAGCUUAUCUUAAUAACACAUGACAAUUAUUUUGUUGACAUAUUGUCACAAUAUGGCUUAACUAACUGUUUCUAUAAAAUUAAGAGAGAUGUCCAUGGGUACUCGAAAAUUGAGAAAAUACGGCAAUAG